UAAUACAAAACAGACUAUUUGCACUUUGCUACUCACACACACACUUGAUCGUAACAGAAUUCUAGAGAGAGAAACAGAGUUCUAGAGAGAGAAAAUGGUGACAGAAGAAGGAAGUCCGAGGAGUCCAGAGGCGAAGCUAGGGAUGGAGGUGGAGGAACUGUGGGAUAUACAAGAGGCGCAGCUCACACCUACCGAGAAGCUUAACGUUUGUUUUGAAAGUAUUCCGGUUUCUGAGUUUCCUCAUGCUUCGUCUUCACAAGUAAUCGAGAUAAAAUCGGAUGCAAGUCUGGGUGAAGCCGUCCGGUUGCUAUCCCAGCAUAAAAUUCUGAGUGCUCCUGUUGUGAAUGUGGAUGCACCGGAGGAUGCUAGUUGGAUCGACAGAUAUCUUGGGAUGGUGGAGUUUGCAGGCAUUGUUGUGUGGAUUCUGCAUCAGUCAGAAAAGAAUGGCAUGUUAGAUACAUCCGAUUCAUUUUCAAGCGCAUUAGAGGAUUCCCAGCCUAAAUCUCCCAAGACUGCUGGAAACUUUUUUGAGUUAUUAACUUCCUCUGAUUUCUAUAAAAACACAAAGGUCAAGGAUAUAUCAGGAUCAUUUCGGUGGGCCCCAUUUCUUGCAUUGCAGACAUCAAACUCAUUUCUGACGAUGCUUUUACUACUCUCAAAGUACAGAAUGAAGAGUGUACCAGUUGUUGAUCCAGGGGACCAAAAGAUAGACAACAUCAUUACACAAUCUGCUGUGAUCCACAUGUUGGAAGAAUGUGCUGAUCUCCAGUGGUUUAAAAGCUUGGGUUCCAAGAAAUUAUGUGACAUUGGUCUUCCCUUGAUGAGUGCCAAUCAAGUUAUUAAGGUAGAUGAGGAUGAACCUGUGCUGCAGGCAUUUAACCUCAUGAGGCAGAAGGGAGUUGGUGGGUUACCGGUGGUUAGUGGUGGAAAUAAGCCAGUUGCUAAUAUAAGCAUCAGAGACGUUCAGUUCCUACUGAUUGCUCCGGAAAUUUAUAAAGAUUACAGAUCGAUCACAGCCAAGAACUUUGUGACGUCUGUCAAAAGGUAUCUAGAGGAUAACCAGAAGGCUUCGCCUUUGGUAAGUGGCAUGAUUACUUGUAGAAAAGAAGACACGCUUAAAGACGCAAUCACAAAGCUUGAUUCCAAAGAGAUACAUAGAAUAUACGUGGUGGAUGAAGAAGGGAAUCUUGAAGGAGUGAUUACACUUCGAGAUAUAAUAUCAAGGAUUGUACAUGAGCCUCAUGGAUACUUUGGUGACUUCUUUGAUGGCGUGUUGCCGUUACCUGCCAACAGCCGAGUGUAACCCAAGUGUGCUUUUUUUUUUUUUUUUUUUUUUCUAAUCAAGACUGUUUUGAGCUUGUCUUGUAUGUUUGAAUAAAUCAGUUCGGCCAAAUAAGGGGUUUAGGCUUAGCCCUGGUUGACACAGGUUUGAGGACAAGAGCUAACAACUUCUUAUGAGCCAAAAAA